AAGUGGGGUUGACAUUUCCCUAGACCAGAUCCAACCUCCCAAUGUAACCCCGACUACCCUUGUUUGCGACCAUCCUGACUUUUGGUCAGAUCAGUCUUGAUGACGGUGCAAGAGACAAUGGUCUAAGGCUCGACUCAAUCGUACGUCGAUUAAGGUCCGGGAGUUUUUCAAUGCGCCCUGUACUCGCGCCUUGGGUUUCAAUCUCGCAUACUUAGCUCAAAAAUUGGUUUUGCUGAGCCGACGAACGACAGCGUCCUCGCUGCCGCGACAAACGUUGAAUCGCACAUAGCACAGCAAUUGGUCGACCAGCUAGCUGCACGACCGAAAAAAGUAGACUGCGCGCACAUGUACAUGGCAACCUAAGCACACCGCGUGCCUCCCACUCGCGAAGCGAGCCACUCCCUGCCUCCCGAUAUCAAGAAAACAAAAACAAUGUUCCGAAGGCUCAGACGCAUGCCACGGCGGCUGCACCCGCUUUUCGUCGCGGCAAUGUGGCUCGCCAUCCCGCUCGCGCUCGAGAGCAUAUAUCACCAGCGCAGCUACAACGUGCCGAUCCCGGAGCGCGAGAUGGACUCUGCCUUUUUCGGCAGCGAGGGCUGCCUGGACCCGGAGGAGAUGGCCAAGGGGCCGCGCGAGAAGGCGGCGCUCGUCAUGCUGGCGCGCAACUCAGAGCUGGAGCAGGCCAAGCACACGGUCGAGUCGGUCGAGCGCCGCUUCAACCGCUGGUUCCACUACCCCGUGGUGUUUUUCAACGACGAGGAGUGGGACCCAGAGUUUGUGCGCCAGCUGAAUGCUACGGUCAGCGGAGAGGCAAGGUUUGAGAUCAUACCGAGGGACGUGUGGUAUUUCCCGAGCUGGAUGGAUGCGGACAAGGCAAAGGCUAGCAUCAAGGAUCAGGGUGAUAGGGGGGUCUCGCAUGGUGGGUUGGAGGGGUAUCAUCACAUGUGCCGUUUUUACUCUGGUAAGUUCUACAACCUCGAGGCGCUCAAGGAGUUCAAGUGGUACUGGAGGUUAGAGCCCGACGUCGACUUUACGUGCUCGAUAACCUACGACCCCUUUGUCGAAAUGGCCAAGCGCAACAAGAAAUAUGGCUUUACGAUAUCGCUCUGGGAGGAGCGCGACACGUGCCCAACCUUGUUUCGCCACAUGGCCGACUGGAAGGAGGCCAACGACGUCCCGACCAACAACCUCUGGAAGGCAGCCGUCUCGGCCUCGUGGGUGCCCUGGCCGUUCCGCAACCUCGUCGCCUGGCUGUCGCACAGGGACAGGUUCGGCGACAUGUGGAGCGGCUGCCACUACUGGAGCAACUUUGAAAUUGCCGACAUGGACUUUUUCCGUGGGAAAAGGUACCAGGACAUGUUUGAGUACCUGGACAAGAAGGGCGGGUUCUACUUUGAGCGGUGGGGCGAUGCUGCAGUUCACUCCAUCGCGGUCGCCAUGCUCCUGGACCCAUCCCAGGUCCACCACUUUGACGACAUAGGCUACCGGCACGAUCAGCUGUACCAGUGUCCCGUCAACUCCCCCGGCAGCCAGCUCCCCGACAACCCCAGCCUGGGGACGGACAAGAACUGGGCUCCCUCGGCCGAGGGGGGAGUCGGGUGCCGCUGCGAGUGCGACGGCAGGACGACGCCGCGCAACCACCCAGGGUACUGUCUAAACAAGCUCAAGGCGCCCAACACCAGGAGCCGGCCCUGGUUCACGUGGUUAUUGUGAUGUUUUGAUGAAAGAUUACAUAUACAUAUACCAUAUACACGUAACUGUUUUGAUGUUAUCUAGCUUUGACAGGAUUAUGUUAUGCCUUUAUUUUUUUCUUGUAUACCAAAACAUAGGUCAUAGGAUGUCAUGUACGGUUUUGCUGGGGGUCAUGGUAUCAUUAGAGCAGACAGGAGAUGUCUACAUAUAUUCUAUAAUAUACCCGCAAAAAUAAAAGAACACUGUUCUUGUACAAAGCA